AGCUUUACGCUCUCGCUGCCAGGAAGAAAGCCUUAGGAGAGGUAAAUGUCCAGAUUUUUUGGAAAGAUGUGCACCAAAGAUGUUGUCCCAGGAAAAGUCAUGCGGACAUUUGGGAAAGAUUGGAGGGCCAGCCUGACAUCCCAGGAGAGCUGGAUUUAGCCUUGCAUUUGGAAAGUCAAAGAGUAAUCCACUGUCAGGGAGACACAGGCCUAUACCCACUUGCUGGCCCCAAAUACUGUGGAUUAAUUGACUCGGUGGGUUUCCAUUAAGUGCUGUUGCUGUUGGUUGCCAUCAAGUUGACUCGGCUCAUGAUGGUCCUAUGAAUGAAGGGAUUGUAACAGUCCUGCGCAGAUCUUGCAAACUCAGAGCAGACAUGGCUUCUGGGAUUAAAUCAAUCCACCUCUUCCCAAUGUACUGUUGAAAAAGCUACUUUACAAAGCGCUGUUGUCUUUUCCAAUAAGUCACGUAGUCCCAACGGUUAUGUCCAAAGUAGAACAGCCCCAGCUUAGUCAUCUUGGCUGGAUCUGUUUUAGGGCUCAUCGAUUUGUCUUUUUGGCAGAACGCUCCUCCACAUUCCAAUGAGUUGAUUUUCUUUCUAUCCACUUUCUUCACUGUCCAGCUUUCACAACCAUAUGUAGAAAUAGGAAAUACGAUGGCACAGGUGACCCUGACUUUGGUAUUCAACUAUAAAUCUUUACACUUGGGGGUCUUACCUAGGUCCUUGGUAGUUGCCCUUCCAAGUCUUAGUCGUCUUCUGAGUUCUUGACCACAUCUCCAUCAUGACAAUGAGGAUUGUCAUAUUUAGUUUGGAACUGUAACCCUAUGAAGAGUGCCACCUUGCUUUUCAGCAACGGAUUCCACAGGUUUACUCCCAGUGGGACAAAUAAUUGUAUUUAAAAGGCCAGGAUUUGGGGUAGGACACAAGGCUGGCUUAUGGGAAGAGGAUGCUGCAAAAGAGACCAUGUUCUCCCUCGCAAUGUGACUUUGCUAGGAGGCAGAGGGAAGAGCCAUGUGCACAAGGGGCGCUUGCUCUCCACAGCUCUCAUGACCGUGUCCAGCUAGAGGAAAGGCAUGAAGGACCUUCCAAGAGCACACAGGUUCCCAGAGGCAAGCCAUCCCAAAGUCCCCCUCCGCCGAAGAACCUCCCUGCCUAAAUAUAAACCUGCCCGCCUGCCCGCCAUGCGCAGCCCGCCAGAGGGGCUAUAAUUAACCGAGUGCCCAGUCCAAAAAUAAAAGGCAGGGGAACUCCUAGGCCCCACCUCUCUUUGGGUCACUCGCACACACAGAGGCUCAGUGGAUAGAACACAGGCCAGUCAUGGAGAAAGGCCAAUGAGCACCAAAGCUCUGAGGGCAACAAAGCCCCGCUCUUGGAUGAGACCAGCGUCCAUUGCUCCAUUGGUGACACCAACAGGAGGGAACAACUGGUCAGCGUCGGCUGAUGGGCACUUAGCGGAGCUGCCACCCAACGGAGCUGGACCUCUCCUUCUUGGGAAUGGCGACGCGAGACGGGAUUGGCACUGCUUAACGCUGGAGCCUCCAAGUUUGGAAGGGGGCGAGCCCACCUGGCACCCAUGGGAGACUGGCACCUGCUGGGCCGGCUGCUGGAGAGCGCGCAGGAGCACUCCACGGUGGUGGGCAAGGUCUGGCUGACAGUGCUCUUCAUCUUCCGCAUCCUGGUCUUGGGGGCGGCUGCGGAGAAGGUCUGGGGGGACGAGCAGUCCAACUUCUCCUGCGACACCAAGCAGCCUGGCUGCCAGAGCGUCUGCUACGACCAGACCUUCCCCAUCUCCCACAUCCGUUUCUGGGUGCUGCAGAUCAUCUUUGUCUCCACUCCCAGCCUCAUCUACCUGGGCCACAUCCUUCACCUGGUGCGCAGGGAGGAGAAGGAGCAAGGGCUCAUCGUGAAUCAGGUGGAGGCUGGUGGGGGAAGCAGCAGCGGCAGCACUGCAGCCCAAGCCACCAAUGGUCCCGUCUCCGUGCGCGAUGCCUGCGGCCGAAUUCGGCUGCAAGGGGCCAUCCUGCGGACCUACAUCUGCAACAUCGUCUUCAAGGCCCUCUUCGAGGUGGGCUUCAUCCUGGGCCAGUAUGUCCUCUACGGCUUUGAGCUGAAGCCCCUCUACACCUGCAGCCGCUGGCCCUGCCCCAACACUGUCAACUGCUACAUCUCGCGGCCCACCGAGAAGACCAUCUUCAUCCUCUUCAUGCUGGCCGUGGCCUGCCUCUCCCUCCUUCUCAACAUGGUGGAGGUCUGCCACGUGGCUCGCACCAAAUGCUGGCGGGGAACCCAGGAAGUCCAACUGGGCUCAGAGGUCCUGUCUGAGGUAGAGACCCCUGCCCAUCAUCGCUGCCCCAGCAAUGCCCACCCCAACAGCGAGAAAGCAGGCACCCUUGGCACAGGGCUGGCAGGGAACAGAAGCCCCAGUUGGGGAGGAAACCAGAAGCGAGGCAGCAAGUCCAGCAAAUCUAGCACUAAAUGGAGGCCCAGCGACUUGGCCAUUUAGGGCAGGGGCAAGCUAGACCCUCUUUGUGCAAAAAUGGACCCUCUCUUUCCCCCUGGACAGCCUGCAAGAUCACAUCUGCUGAGAGCCCUGAACCCAAAUGCUAAAUUUACUAUGACUGGAAGCAGCAGGAAAGGUUCAGCAGCAAACAACCCUAUUAGAGUGGACAGCUUGGUGUAGGUAAAGCUUGGAAAAGUUAUUUUUUGGAGGGGGAAGACCUGAGUCCUGAGUCCUAGUGAUAAUCCCAACCAGAGUAGACCCAGUGAAUCCCUUGUUAAGUAAGUCAACAAUUUGCAAACCCUUUGGAUUCAGAACAUUUGGUCCAGUUGAGAUGCCCAGUAGGAGUUAGAGAAAUGUAGCUCCCAUCCCUCCAAAAAAACCAAAUUGUUGCUGCUGUGUUCUGGGCAUGGGGCAUCUUUUGACUCCCUAAACAUUAGGAAUAACUUCUUGAUGGUAAGAGCUGUUCAGCAGUGGAACAGGCUGCCUCAGAGUCCAUCUCCGGAGGUCUUUAAACAGAGGUCGGAUGGGCAUUUUUCAGGAAUGCUGUAUUUUGGCAGGUGAGCAGGUUGGACUAGGUGACCCUUGUGACCCCAUCCAACUCUAAGAUUCUGUGAUUCGAUGACCAGGACACCUGAUCCUUUUGCCUGCGGCCUCAAUCUUUUCUCAUUUUCCUGAAAGGCUUCUUUGCACCCCCUUUUUCUGUAACAAGGAGUAACGGCGUGAGGAGCAAAGCUGUCAGAGGAGCAGGAUGCUGUGACCAAAAGGCCCAGGCUGCGGCUGGACAAUGGUGGCCAUGAUUGCCCCCAGGUGGCUGAAAAGGGCAAUGGUCAAGCCUCCACAGUGGUCCAAGGAGGGGACUGGCCUCUGCCAGGACAAUAUGGAAAGAGACGCCCCUCAAGAUUUGUACCUUUGACUUUUGCAGUUUUAUUUGUGGAUCUGAUUGACAUGUUCUUUCUAGGAAUCUCUAAGUCCUUCAGUGCAACUCUGCUGGAAGCUGACAAAGAGUUGUGCUGGAGGACUGAGAGAUUCCUAGAAAAUACACAUCUCUUGGCAUUUGUAGGCCGUCAAGUGCAAUUCUAUGGUCACCUUCUCUGGAUGUUAACCACAGAGUUGCACUGGGUCCUGUGCCCCUAACCCCAGUGAAUGUGGAGGGACUACUGUAGAUCCCUUGCCCUGUGGAGGAGAAGUUAUUGUACAUAAAACGACUUUUGACAGCUUCUGCAUUAGAUCACCAAGGAUUGUGUGUGUGUGUGUGUGUGUGUGUAUGGGGGGGGUGUCAAUGUUUUUUCAUAUUCCUGGACUUUGUUGUGAAGAUCUCCAUCUCUGGAGAAAAACAAAUGUUGUUGUUGUUGUUGUUUUUGGUGCAACAGAUGCUGCUCUCUGCAUCCAAAAUGUUUUCUUGCGCUAUGUUUUUGGCACAAAGAAUCUCUUAAACGUGAAAAAUCUUGAGACACCUUUACUUGUAGUGCAGGGUAUUUUCAGGGCUGUGACUGCAAAGUGGGGUGGGCAUAAAGAGGGCACUGUUCCCCCAAAUAAGAAUUCUGCCCUUAGUAAAUUGUUCCUUCAGUUCUCAAACGUCUAGCAUUGUAGAAUGAGAAAUGGAAAAUCGUUCCCGCCUAGAACUCUUCUGUUUCCUUUCUCUGCCUUCCCCUGGUCUCUUUGUCUGGCCCUUUUCUUUGGCUGUAUUUCUAAAAGCUCAGCUGAAGUUUUAAGUUACUGCAAUGCUAAAAAUUUGGAGAAGUGAAGGAGGACAGAACUGUAUUUUUGAGAGGCAAUGCCCUCACUUUGUAUCCCUCUCCACAUACAGAUGCACCCCUACAUAUUCAUUAGAAACCCAGCAUACGCACAUGCGCAUACAGCCAUACAAAAGAAAAAAGGGAAUUAUCCUACCGUGAUACGGACUGAUUUUGAGCCCUUACAACACAAACUUUUAAAGAACUACUUCAUUCUUUUCAAUCCAUAUCACUUUGGAAAGUAUAUCGCUGUUGUGAUCUAUGGGAAACAAUUCAUUACAUUACAGUAUUCAGUGCAGCUUAUUACUUUUUACUUUUUUGGAGGAAUGGGUUUUAAUGAUAAAAGAACAGCCUAAAAACAUCUCCCUAAAUGCCUCUGGAAAUUCUAAAAAAUGCCCUCAAAAUUACUUUCAAACACAACAGGAAAACAUUCCCCUUUAUAAGCCUACGAAAGAUCAUGCCACCAACUUCUUUCUUUCAGUUAAGUCUCAAAGGCGCUACAAGAUCCUUUUGCAUUCUUCACUUACAGUAAUUUUGCUAGUUUGGUCCUCUCAUCGUUCUGUCGCUUCUGAAAUCUAACACUGGCCACUGGAGACGGGCAAUGCCACUACUUUGCAAUGUGUUGAUUCCUGUUUCACACACCAUCUUUUGGGAUAAAAAAGAGAUGGAGAGAUUGGGGGCAAGGCUCUCUCCUGCCGAA